AUGGUGACCCCAGAAGUUCUUGGCCAAGAUCAUGUCCUAGGUCUUGCCGCGAAAGCUAUGCAGUCUGCAGGCGAUAGCCAGCCGAGCCUCAAAACAUCAUAUGAAGCUGUCGCUUUAAUCGGACAUGCAUCCAUGACAGCAGUGGGUUUUAGGCUGGUAGGUCUUGGAGAAGACCAUCACUUAGAAACAUCCACUGAAACAUCCUCCCUCCCCACGCAAUGGAACGCUAACGAUACCCUUGCCUUUCGAUACAAGCAUGAUCAGUCAUCCAUUGAAUACCUGCUCAAAGUGAGCCGACUGGGAAACAAUGCCGUUAUCUACGCGCUAGCCUUGGGCGAUGACCGUACCAGCUCAUUCGAUAUCCCCACCAAAGACUUCAUCUCCCCAUCUGCCCUCCCCCUAUCAUCCUCAGACAACGUCGCAGGCUCUCUACGGGAUGUAUUUAUUUCACCAGCUCGCCUGAGCGAUUUGAUCGGAUUGUUCAAAAUCAACGUUAUCCAAAAACUUGCGCCCGGAUUGCACAAAGAAGGCUACGAAGAGACACCCCAGGUUUCCAGAGAAAGACCACAGGAAGGAAGAGCCCGAGAUCCUCUGCGGGAUGGUUUUCCUCAACCUGCUCGUCCACACCCGUUCGAUGACCCUCUCUCGGCAGCUCCGCGCCGUCCCAACCCUGUGCCAGACUUUGCCCCGCCUGGGUUUGAAGAUGAAUUUGAGAUGAACAGGCCCCCAGGAAGAUACCCAGCAGGACUUGGUGGAGGCAGGAACCCGUACAAUAUUGGAGAAAGAGAUCUUUACCCGCCUGGACUAGGACCCAAUGAUCCGUUGCGCGGAAGUACGAGCCCUGGCUUUGGCCCCGGUGGCGGGGGGAUGCAUCCCACCUUUGAUGACCCCCUCUUCGGUGGGGGUGGUGGUGUAGGUGGCUAUGAUCCCCGUGUACCACCUGGUGCUAGAUAUGAUCCUGUAGGACCAGGUGAGCCACCUGUUGGCCGUAACCCAGGGCCAUUCGGUAGUCGUGGACGAGGUGGGGGAGGCUUUGGAGGAUUCGGCAGUGGGUUCGGAGGCGACAUCAUCUAA